UUGAGACAGGGUCUCACGAAUUUGCUGAGGCUGGCCUCAAACUUGCUAUCCUCUUGCCUCAGCCUCCCAAGUUCCUGGAAUUACAGGCAUGCACCACCGUGCCCGGCAAUAAUCAUAAUUUUUAGCAUUUUAUCAUCCCACCAGUGCAUGGCCAGAACUGACCGACUUGCAGAGGGAUCCUCCUGCCCAGUGUUCCGCAGGACCUGUGGGUGAUGAUUAAUGACAGUCCUUACCAAGGAGGUGUUUUCUUCCUGACCAUCCACUUUCCUACGGAUUACCCUUUCAAGCCCCCAAAGGUCGCUUUCACAACAAAAAUCUAUCACCCCAAUAUCAACAGCAAUGGCAGCAUCUGCCUGGACAUCCUGCGGUCACAGUGGUCUCCAGCACUCACUGUGUCCAAAGUUCUCUUGUCCAUCUGCUCCCUGCUCUGCGACCCCAACCCUGAUGAUCCUCUGGUGCCAGAAAUAGCCCACACUUACAAGGCCGACAGAGAGAAGUAUGCGUCCUCUUUGGAUUGCCUUUGUGCCAUGGCUGCCAGUGUUCCCACAGACAUCUUCCUGCCUGAGCUGAGCCUGUGCGCACGGUGGAUGUGCCCUGGGUGUGGCCUCUUGGCUCUCACUAACAUGUCCUUUGACUCUCCUCUGAGGAGAGAGAAGGGGAUAAAAGCAGUUUACUCUCCUGGAUAGUUCAUCAGCUGUCCUACAGAACCCUAAAAUAUUGUUUGCCACACCCUGUCUUGAGGCCAGCAAAGUCAGUGGUCAGCCAAGAAUGGACUCAGAAGAAUCUGACAACAGGAAAAUUCUGGAUUAAAUUCUAAGGUUUAUGGCAUAAGACAAGGGUUUGUCUGCUUGGACAUACCCAGAGUGAGGCUGAAGCCAGUCAAGGUGGUAAACACAGCUAUGGUCAGUUUGCUGGGUGCGGUCAGACGUCAGUAGUAUGUUGCUGUUUCACCAACAGACUCUUACUGCCAAUUCUGUUUAAACAUCAAUUACCAGAUCCAGAAUUCUUACUCCCUUGUGAGCUGAAGCAUGGGAGUGUUUGGCUAGUGGAGCAGGCCCAGAAGACACUAUCCUGUGUUAGUCUGUAUGUUGACAGUUAGCAAGAAAGGGGCCAGGUGUGAUGGGACUCAGACAGCAGAAGUGUCAUGUGAAUGGCACCUGGGAGAGAAUAUUACUGGCUCUUGUGAAGAAUAUUUGCAAAGCCAGGUGUAGUGGUGCACACCUGUAAUCCCAGCUUCUUUGGAGGCAGAGGCAGGAGGAUCAAGAGUUUCAGGCCAGUCUAGGUAACUUGGCAAGAUCCUUUCUCAAAAAACAAAGAGUAUCUUCAGAGAGUCUUUUAGUUUAUUACUUAUCUUCAGUCUGAAGAGAUUAGAAUGAAUUGGUUUUUGUAACAUUUUUCUUGAGAACUUUAUAGACCUCAUUAUUAUACUCAUUGAAGUCUCCUGGUAGCAAUCAAAAUAAGUUUUAGCUGAUUAAAUUUUAAAUUGUUUUUACUUUAACAUUUCUUAUGAGCCCACUGAUGUAGUUUAGUAGCAGAGUUCUUACCUAGCAUUCACAGGGCCCUGGGCUCAUUCCCUAGCACCACAGGGGAAAAAAACAAAUUAUUAUAAGCUAUUUUAGAUAUAACAAAAGGCAUUUUUUUCAGUGUGUCCCCUAACUACAAAUCUAUAAUUUACAGUCUCAUGGCAUCAGAUUUCAUUACAAUAAUGAAGAUAAAUGCACAUACCUAGAUAACUCUCACUGGUGCCAGGCCUGCUCCAUGUACUUUAUAUACAGACUUGUCCAGUCAUCCCCUCAAACAGAAAGUCUUUUUAUGGUGAACAGCCAAGGAGAUGAGGGCACAAAGAGGUGGCCCAGCUGCAGAGGGUGGUGCUGAUUCACACACAAGUGACAGGUUCUAAGAUUUGUGUUCUGGACAGCCUGGAACUAUUCCAAGCUGAACCUUGAGUAUCUUCUGCAUCCAUAUUGAAGGACAGGAGAGAGAAAGGGUAGAGAUUUGCUGCAGUAUUACAUCUUCCACAGCAGAUAGUUAAGAAGGAUCAACAGGACUCACCAAGUAAGGGGGUUACAGCCAUGACUGAAGUGUUCCUGCUCCAAGGAAAGUUUUUAUUUUUUAAUUCAUCCAUCAGUCCUGGAUGUUUGACAAGCAGCAGCAUUUCCCCACAUCAGUCAUGUUCUCUGCUCCACGUUGAAGGGACAUGACCAUUUCAAGUGAGGGUGUCACUCCCUCUGCUUUUUUCUUCCAGGUACAACAGACUAGCAAGAGAGUGGACACAGAAAUAUGCUAUGUAAGUGCCUCGGAGGUUUCGUGGGAGACAUUGUUCAAGAGAAGCUGGCCAGGCAAAGAGGUCUUCCUGUGAAGCUCUGAGCUGUCAGCUAAGCCACUGACAGAGUGCCACCCGUUCUUCACACAUAUAUGGGCCACCCACUUUCUUUGGCUGCAGCAUGUUGGUGCCAUUCUCAGCCAUGGUGGCUUUGACAAUGUCACAUCUUUGAUGCCUAAUCAGCAACCAUUGUAACUAUGAUCCACAAUCUUUCUGGUUACACUGGAAUGGGUCGGUCUGCCCCAACUCAUCUGCUCGUCUCUGGGAGGCCAGUCCCUGCACGCCUCCCCUGCCUGGCCUCAAAUGGUGCUGCUGCUCACUAUGGCACCACAUGGGGGCCUAGCCUGGCCCCUCACUACAUGCCCUUUGCCUUUAGAACUCAGUGUUGUCCUGGGUGCCCAGGACAGAGUGGGCUUCCUUGCAUCCUGUCUGCUGCAGAAUCACAUCCCAAGGAGUCUGAGUGCAUCCUGGAGGCUCCCAGGAAUGGGACAGCAUCACCGGAAAGCGGAUGUCUCAUUCUGUGGCUUCUGGCGUCUUCCUCUGCAGUGCCACAUGCUGCAUAUCUCUCCUCACACCAAGAAGCAGCGAGUGGAAAAUGUCAGGAUAUAAAGCACAUAACACCCUCCCUCAUGAGAGAUGACUGUCUUUUUUAGAUGCAAGAGCAAAAUUAUGAAACCAUAGUGAGAUUUGGGUUAUGCUUUUCUAUGUGAUGAGAUUUUUCCCUACCUCCACCUCCUCCCACCAGGAUUCUAUACAAAGUUCAAGUGUAAGCCAUUUGCAGACUAGAACACAGGGAGGGGUAGAGACUCAACUGUAAAUAAAAAUGCAAUUCCCUUAAGAGUCUAAAUAAUAGUUGAUAUUUAAGUCUCCUUCCCCCACCCCACUCCCCAGGCAGAACAGAAGAUAUGAAAACUUGACAGGGUUUUCAGAGCCUUAAUUAGAAUAGUCUGUUAAGUGCCUGGCUUCCUUGCUUGGCUUUCUAAUUGAACACAUUUUAAGGUUUGACUUUCUGAUGGAACACAUUUUAAGGUUUGACUUUAGAGCUGACAGCUUUGAAAUUAGGUGACUUAGGAAAAGGCAUGAAAGGGAUUUCAAAUAAAACCUCCAGAGAAGGAGGAAAGUUGAAGGGCUUCAAAUUUCUAAAGCCAAAUUUAGUUUCUUCCAGGUUGGUUAUUCCAUUCUCACAGAGUGAUGCUUGAGUGAUUCAGAACAGAAGCAGGGCUGGGUUGUGCACACCUGCAAUCUCAGUAACUUGGGAGGCUGAAACAGGAGGAUCACAAGUUUAAGGCCAGCCUCAACAACUUAGCAAGACCCAGUCUCCAAAAAAAUUAAAAAUGGCUGGGGACCUAGCUUAGUGGUAAAGCACCCCUGGGUUCAAUAACCACUACUGCUAGAAGUAAAGAACAGAGCAGAGAAGAGUAAAACUGCAACCAAAAGGCCAGGAAAAACCUCUGAGGGCAAUUGGAAGGUCUACAGAUCUAGAACUUGGGGUCAACCAAAGAUGACUGUGGGAGUUUGAUUUGUUCCUGAAAAUCUUAAGUUGUAGCUGCAACCUUAUUGCCAGAUGUUUUGUCAAUGAGAAUACCUUCCUGAGGUUAUUCAUGUCAUUACUCCUUUUGCAAAAGAUGGAGUAGAUGGAGCCUGGUCUGCAUUUAUUUGCCUUUUGGGGGUUUCCAUUUAGGAUUAUCCUAUUAUAAAGCUUCUUUUUGGGUCCUAUGGUCCUUGUUCCUUGCUUCUCACCAUGGUUAGGGUUGCCUUCUUAAUUUCUCUUUACUACCCCUUUGGUCUUUGCUUAAACAGAACAGUAAGUCUUAAUAAAUGGUGAGAAUGCCUUUACCAAGAUGUCCUUCAGAAAGGAUGUUAAUGCAGUCUCUGCUAAGCAGCAAUGCCAUGCAGUGUGUGAAAUUGUGUACUUCAGUUCAGCAUCACAGAAAAUUUUGCAUAUAAUGGUUUAUGUAGAUUAGGAAGUGGAGAAUGAUUCACAUGUUAUAGGCAGGUCAGAGGGGAAAAUCCAGACCCAAACUGAUGUCAGGGAUGUGGGUAUCCACAUUCUGGAUUUUCAAGCUUAAUAGUUUGAAGAAACGUGGAUUUUCUGCAUCCAGUCAAAAUUUCCCAAGCCUCCCCUCUCUGCUCGAGAUAAGUAGUAGAGAAAGUAAAAUCAGCCCUUUGUGGAUUCCCAGUAAAAAUCUUGACUCAUUGUGAAUCUUAAGUGGGCUUUAUACUUGCUGACCCCUUGGACAGGCAUGUUCUUGAGAAAUCCCCUUAAGUUCUCUCCCAAUGAGACAAUCAUCCACUUGUCAUGCCUUCCAGGGCUCAAGUCAGCCUGGAAAACACUCCUUGGGUCAAAGCUUUGUUGUAACAUUAACUAUGGUGUGGGGGCUCCUGUGUAACCCACAUCUUCAGAAAUCAUGCUUCCAAGGCAAGUCCCUCGUUAGCAACUGGACAGCAGAUCUGAAAAGUCAGCUGUGGGGUAAUGUGUUUCUUUCUUUGGACUAGAGAGGUCAGGGAGAUGCAUUUAUUGUAUCUAAGGAUUGAAGCUAAGGACACUUAACUACUGAGCCACAUCACCACCCCUUUUUAUUUUUCAUUUUAAGACAGGGUCUUACUGAAUUAGUUGGUACCUUGCUAAGUUGCUGAAGUUGGCUUUGAACUUGCAAUCCUCCUGCCUCAGCCUCCUGAGCCACUGGGCUUACCUGGUGAGAUACAUGAUCUUAAACAACAAAUGUAUGAUGAAUAAAUGACUGUUAACUCUC